CCACCCCCAUCUUCAUGCCUCCACCCUUCAUCUUAUAGCUCUCCUCCCUUCACCCCUGUCCAUGUGAGUUGCCUCCCCUCACCUCAGCAUCCUCUCUCCACCCCUCCAGCCACUCUCCCCCUUUCCACUUUCGUUUUCUGGCCUCUACAGCUAUUCUCCAUCCUUCUGCCACCAAUUGCCCUCGCUCCCUGCAUCCCUUUUCAUAUCUGUUGCCUUUUCAUCUCACACUCCACCCCCUCCUCCCACCACCACCUCCUCCCCUCCCUUUCCCCCCCGCCGGUGGCGUCCAUACACCGACCGGAGCACAGACUCUCUUGUUGUCAGUCACUUUCCCAGCGAACAGACGGCGGCAGCAACAGCAGCAGCAGGAGGAGCGGAGACGGUAAUCCCCCCCAGUCCACCCCACCCCUUUCCAAAAACCCAGAAACCGGUGGCAAAACCUCGCGGGACACCUGUGCUGCCGGAUACCCCCCUUUUUUUCUGGAGGCUUUGUGAAACACGAUUUAAGAUCUAAAUUCACGCCCAAAUGUGUGGAUGGUGAAGAUGAGCAGCAGUGGCGAUUAAGACGGGGAUGUAGACGCGGAAACAAGCGGCCAAAUCUGCCUCGAUUGACGGUGACGGAGCGGUCGGCGGCACCACCACCAGCAGCAGCACCAGCAGCAUCAGUCGGUCGGCGGAUGGAGAUGCGUUGUGAAGGCGGAGGGAUGAUGAUGAUGAUGAUGAUGAUGAUGAUAUAGCAGGUGCUGCAGGGUCGUGCCGCAUUGCCUGGCCGCCGCGAGCGACGCCGGGGAGACGGUGAUGCUGUCGUCGUCAUUGUGUCACAGAAAGAGAGAGAAAGAGAGGAGAGGCUUUGACAUGGAGGGAAGCGGCUGUGUGUCGGCUCCGAGCUCAGGCCGCCCGGAUCAGCAGGUUGGAUGUACCGCCUGAAGCCUGGAGGACCUGAGUCAUGAUAUACAUGGUGGAAAAAUUACAAUAAAGUUGCAUUCUUUGUGAUGGAAUUGAAAUGUUUCUGUGCGUAAAAGUGCAUGGCCCAUAUGUUGAUAAUGCACAGGAGCAUCACAGCAGCAGCGUCUGUGCCAGUUCAGGGUGGAUUACGUCUACAGAGCAGCAGGCCUCCAUCUGAAGUGAGCUUCUGAUCAGGGAACCAUAAAGAAAAAGCAUUUCAUACACUUAACCCUGUUGCUGGAGGUAACUAUUUAUUCUGUUGUUUCACUGGAAGCUGCUGUGCUGUGGUCCCCCGUGGAGGGACAGCUGUUGCAAAAGAUGACUCACUUACAGGCUGGCCUCUCUCCAGAGACCCUGGAGAAGGCCAAGGUGGAGCUGAAGGAAAACCCGGAGACUUUACACCAGGACAUCCAGGAGGUCCGGGACAUGAUCAUCACCCGGCCGGACAUCGGGUUCCUCAGGACAGACGACGCGUUUAUCCUCAGAUUCCUCCGGGCAAGGAAAUUCAACCACUUCGAGGCGUUUCGGCUGCUGGCACAGUAUUUUGAGUACCGACAGCAGAACCUGGACAUGUUCAAGAAUCUGAAAGCGACGGACCCAGGCAUCAAACAGGCCCUGAAGGACGGGUUCCCUGGGGUGCUCUCCAAUCUGGAUAGAUACGGCAGGAAAAUACUGGUCCUGUUCGCAGCCAACUGGGACCAGAGCAGAUACACAUUUGUGGACAUACUGAGGGCGAUCCUGCUGUCCUUGGAAUCUAUGAUAGAAGAUCCAGAGCUGCAGGUCAAUGGCUUCAUCCUCAUCAUCGACUGGAGUAACUUCACCUUCAAGCAGGCAUCCAAACUGACUCCCAGCAUGCUGCGGCUGGCCAUUGAGGGGCUGCAGGACAGUUUUCCUGCCAGAUUUGGAGGAAUCCACUUUGUGAACCAGCCCUGGUACAUCCACGCUCUCUACACCGUGAUACGACCCUUCCUCAAAGACAAGACCAGGAAGAGGAUCUUCAUGCAUGGCAACAACCUGAACAGCCUCCAUCAGCUGAUCCAUCCUGAGAUCUUGCCGUCGGAGCUCGGUGGGAUGAUGCCGCCGUACGAUAUGGGCACAUGGGCACGAACGCUGCUGGACCAUGCUUACGACGAGGAGACAGACUACUGUCCGGAGUCCUACACCCUGUCAGUACAAGACCUGGAGAGAGACCUGGAGAAAAACCUGUCCCCAAAAACAAUGAAGAGGUCUCAGUCUGUGGUGGAACCAGGCGUCCUGAAACGACCAGACAAAGUCAAGAGUGAAGAGGACAACAUGCAGCCGCUGCUCUCGCUGGACUAAUCCACACAUUCAAUAACAGCUCGAAAGCAUAAUCAGUAUUUACACACACAAACACACUGACUUACCUGUGCACCUACUGUAAGCGACACGCCCGCCCUGAAAACACCUUCCUCCAGAAAACGCUGCUGCUGCUGCUGCUGUUGGAUUUGUGUUUGUCUUGAACUUGAGGCAAAAUCAAAAUGAGCUAACGGGAGGCAGACGAACGAGCCAGACACGAGGCGGACGUUUCCUCGCAAGCAAUGGGCAUCCUAAGAGCUACUGAUGGUGUUCUAUAUUUAUUUAUUUAGUUAUUUGUCAAGUGCCAAUUCCAAAAAACUGUAAAAUAACAUCUUUAAACAAUCCAGCCCCCUCAGUGUGGAGCAGGGAAGUAGAACAAACAUAAAGAGAAAGAGUUGUGAAGGUGCCACAUGCGUGUGAAAACAGUGUUUCCUACAGUAGUGUAGUAUAAAGGUGAAAAACUGGAGAUCAUUUCUCAAAGAGGGCUUGGGGCCACAGUUCCCGAGCUGCAGUGUUUUUCUUCUUUGUACAGUAAUUUGAAGAAAACAAGAAGUACAGCUCAGGAUUAGUGACGAUAACGAGCUUGUUCAACCUCCUGGACACAAAACUGGCAGACAGGCAGGCAGGCAGGCACUGGGUUUACUGGGAGCUUACUGGGAGGUUAUGGGUGUCUUUCCUGUGAAAAUAACGUCUGAACUGAACUCGACCUCGCUCCAGUUAUCUCUUGGAAAAGCAAACCCCCCUUUACGCUAAGAGUGGGCUGUAGGAUUUUUUUUUCUCCUCCUUUUCUGACCCAUAUGUUGCAGAGUACAGUAUUUCUUCUGCCAUUAGGAAAACACUAAGCUGCAGACUCUUUUUAAACAGUGACUCACAUCAUUACGUUUGGCUGAAGAUGACCAAAAGAUAUAUUUUGAGAAGUUAAUAGAUGUCAAGCCAGACAAAUAAAUAAACCUAAAUUUAAUUUUUAUAAAAGCAGAGUAAGGAAACCCUGUCCAGUGACCUUGUGACACAUUUGUUACUGUAUAUUUCUGGCAAUAAUAAUCUUACAUCUAAAAUGGCCGAGCAUCACCACAGUAUCUGUUCUCAACAUGUCAGUAUUAUAAGAUUUCGAGACGCGUUAAAGGACUGCACCGUUUUUCACCAUUUUUUGCAUGUUUUACUAUAAAUCUUACUCAUGAUUUCAGUACAUUAUUGGUGUUUCAUUAUGCAGCUAAAAGCUAUUUUAAUCAGUAUUAAUAUUAGUUUAUAAUCUUAACUCAAGGUCCACUUAUUAGCUUUCUCCUGAGCUUUUACCAUAUCUAACAUUUAACCAUUAAUUUACAGAUUUGAUUGAAGAUCUCUGUGCUAUCAUGUGAUUAAAAAAAGAAAAGAAUUCAGUAAUUCACAAUUUUGCUUUUUUGUCUUCAGCGUGUUUUUCAGUAACUACAUGAGGAAGUGCUCUUUGGCAGCAGACUCUUAAAGGUGCCCUGUGGAGUUCAUGGCCACUAGUGGGGCUAUGGAGCAAUGUUGUUUUAAAUGGGUUGUUUGUAUCAGAGCAUGUGAUUCACGCUCCUACCAUUAGUUUCACGUCAUUCCACAAAUCAGCAGUUGCAAAGCUAACACAAAAAGAGGCGUAGUAAUGCACCAUCAAAGGCAAAGAAGAAGACGGCUAGCUAGCAAACAAUGUCGUACGCAGUGCACAACGUAAAAAAUUACAAAUUAUCGGCUUUGCAAAUGUUUUACAAGGAAGGUUCAAACCAGGUCCCCAAGAAGUGCGCCGGUAUUAAAGCCUAUUUGACAUAAUGGCCAAACCGUGUAACUACAGGUAACUAUAACUUUCAAAUCUGUCAUUGGAUGCCAUUGGGCCCAAAAGAGGCUUUUUACUACAGAGUUAAGGUCUUUGCACACUGAGUCCGUUUUAUCAGAUGCAUUUUUUCAAUCCGUCAUCCCAAAAAAAGUCAUUACGCACAGAAACCUUUCACACUGAUUCUAAUGCAUUUUAAUGUUCUAUUUAUUUCAGAAAUUCGCAAUACGUGACAAAAUGAAAAGACACAUUUCCACCUUUGGUUCUCCACACUUGAGUUAUUUACCUGGCUGUCGCCACUCCCUCCCUGAAUAUUACUAUCUGACCUAUUGAAGGUAGCUAUCUGAGUUAUGAAAUGAUUCUGUGCGCCAAACAAGGCUUCUGACGGAUGCGAAAAAAAACACAGAAACCUGUUACAAAGAUUUUGAUUAUGGAUUAUCAGACUCAGUGUGUAAACAUGAUUCACACAACAUGAAGUCGUAUUUAUUUUUAGACGUGCGCCAAUUUCGGAUGAAAACAGUUGGACUCAGUGUGCGAAAUCAGUGGAUAAUUUAUUUUCAGCAUCACAACCCCUGUGAAACAACUCAUGUCACUCUCUUAAUUUUAUUCAUUCAGUCUGAUGAUAUUUUGAAAGUCUAGUAGAGCCGCACGAUUGAGUCCUUUUAUCCCCAUUCAAGUUAGCAGAGCGCUAAACAGGAAGUUAGCCACUUGGCCGUCAGAAAUCUCCAGUGCACUUGCUCUCUGGGCCCAACGAUGCAAAAGUUUCAGAUAAUUCUACACCUGGGAAGUUGAACUUUUUUGGCCUCAUGCGCCACUGAGCAACUUCCAUAGGAAUGAAUAGCCCUCCUUGGACACUGUAUCCAGUUCUCUUUAUACAUCUGUGGUUCAAACAGUGUGUUUUCGGUGAGAAACAUUGAAUGUAAACAUAACUUUUGCAUGUUUACGAGAAAACUCCACAGGGCAGCUUUAAGUCUCAAACGUGAGAGCUUCCUGACAGCAUGUAAACGCACCAGACCUGCAGAGUAAUUUAACUUUUACAAGCUAAUAAAGACACACAGUGAUAAAUGAUCUAUCUCAGGCAGUACUGAAGUUGGCAGUAGUGUGACCAUGACUGGCAGUAAGUGUGCUUAAAGUGAUUUGCAGUAAAUAGGCUACAGAGAUCCUUGUUUAGUUUUAUCUCAGAAAAGCGUUAUUUUACAUAUUUAGAUUACAGUAUUUUAUUGUAUUUACAGUAUUUUAUUUACAUUCUGCAGUUAGACAAGCUGCUGCUGCUGCAGUGUAGAUAUUUAAACUGACACAAACACAACACUUCAUCUGUUUGUAUGCUAUGCUGACUUCCCAAAAAUACUUCUUCAGAUGAAACUGGCACCAGCUGAAGUUGUUUGACAUACCGUAGUUCAGGCUCUUCCAAAUCAGCAAUUCACAUACAGGCUUAUGUCGAGAAGUGCAAAAGGUAUGACAACUGAGUGGCAGACAGGAAGACUGUGACUCUGACUGGCAGAGCAGGGCAGCAGAGGGAAAGCAAGUCAGGCUGGCAAGCAGACAGCCGAGCAGAUCGCAGAAAGGCCGGCAGGCAGGAAGUGUGAGGUGGCCGGCUGCAACGAGAGCAGACAGCUGGAAUGUUAAACUAUCACACCAGCGUACAUGACAUGUCAACCCCACUUACAACAGCUCAGAGGCUCUACUCGGUGCAGAGUCGAGUUAGACUGCGGCCUCAGUGUGAUCUGUCUGGUUCCACCCCGGUAGAUAACUAUCUGCUGCACGUGCUGGUGAUAUUUUUAUUUAAUAUGUGAUCAGUCAGUCCAGAGAGAGAGCAGACAGUGCCUACAGAAAACAGUCUGGGAAACUGUCUGACUGAUUAUAAUUUUGAAUUCUCAUUAGUAAUUGACCCUUCUCUGAGGCAAUGUUCCCGAAGUCACCGUUGCUAAACCUUUCUGUUCUCCCACAGCAUAUGGGGAGUUUAUAAUGAUAACAGUGUGGGGACCGCCUGUUAUACCGACAACAAAACCUCAGUAAUCCAAAUAGUGUUCCGUUGAACUAAAAGGCCCAUUGACUCAUAGCCUGUUAUCCCAACUCCCUAACCGAAGCACAUGGCUAAUUAUAAUGCAAGAUGAUGUCAUUGGACCCUUCUGCUGCCAAUUGUUUUUCAUAGUGUAGCGAACCAUGACCUGCCCUACUCUGCCUCUGAAUGACUAAUGCUCUUUGCUCCUUGGUUGGGUUGGUUAGGUCUAGGCCUUAGGUCUAGUCUCAUAGUAUGAGGGUUAGCCAGUCAGGGGCAGAGGUAGGGUGGGUCAUGCCUUGACCAUAGCAGAAAGAAAUAUCACACCAGGGCCGACCGAUUGCAGGCCAUGAAUGUUUCUAAUUGCAGGGAGAGUUUGUAUUUUCAGAACAAUAAGCAUUUGUUUUCAAGAUAAUGGGCUGUCAGACAAUUGGCUUUAAGUCCAGUGGGUCAUUUUCCUGACUAUAGGGUUUCCGAACAAUGGGUCGACAUAACAAUGGCGUGGAACCAAGAAGAGCAGAUUAUUCACUUCAAGUUUGUAGCAAUUUUUUAAACAAAGAAGAACAAAACAAGCGUGUCAUUUCUAGCCAACGACAACCAUCGAUUUUGUCGAUGAUGAAGACUGUUGCUUGAUCAGUUGGCUGAAAACUCUUUAGACAACUUUUUGAUGGUUCCCCUUAUUAAAAUUCAAGAUGAGAACCCCAUAAAAAUAUGGUUGCAUACAUGAUAUUUUGCUAAACGCUGCAUAUCCCAGAUAAAAAGUUGCCAUCUUCAGGAGGUGAUGAUCCAUGUGGAACACUUAUACCAAUGACGAAACUGCAGAGGGAAGGUUAGAUAGAUGAUGGCAACAAUGAGCAGUACUGUCACACAUCCAGUUCAGGGAGUAGCGAACCCUUUAUUAAGUAAGGUAAAACUUAAGCGUGUGUAGCACAUCUGGUUUCAUGCAACACACCUGAGUUUGCAUCCUGUCUCAGACAGAUUCCACUAACAAGUAACGUAGACUUUUUUUCCCUUACAUUCAGCAAGUUGUUUUAGUUGCCUGACCGUUACCACAUAUUCAGGAGCUAUAAUUUUAGGAUGUUUAAAACACCUUUAAAUGUUUUGAGAAUAUUACUCCCGAACCGGGUUUUGCAGAAUUAUCUCGAUAUGAUUGAAUUUUCAGAGUAUUGACCGCAAAAAGAAUCAGCUAUCUUCAAUCCAAAACUUCAUCAGUAUCACGUCAACUCAAAUGGAACUGUAUUAAAACCUGUGUUGCUUCCCUUAAACAUCAUUAAGAUUAACAUUUUUGUCAACUCUUACUCAUAUUUUGUAAUAAAUGAACAAAUGCUGUAACGUUUCAGCCACUUUAGACGAUGAUCACACAUUAGAGAGGUUGUUGUACCCAUUUCCGUCAGAAACUUUAGGGGAAAUGUAGAACUGCCAGUUUUGUGCACAUCAGAGAGACUGUAAUAAACUGUGGGUCUAACGUGAAACCAGAAAAUGUUCAUCAAGUGUUUUAGAAUGAUUUCCGUGCAUUAGUAGAUAUCUGAGGUAUAUUUUUCACACUUACAACACGCAUACAGACAAAGAGGCCGCAAAUUCAGGACUCAGUUGAGCUUUCGCAGCUUCAUGUCAGUCGAGGAUGUAAAGGGAAAAAACAGAUGAGUACCGUAAACAGGGACACACACACACAUACACACACAGCCACUGUAGAUGCUUCCAGUUGUUAGGAUACAAAGUUUACAUGAAAUAAACAUCUGUAUACUGCUUGAAUAUAGCAAAACUGACUCUCACACAGAACAUCCUGCAGGUUCACUGGUUAUUUUUAAGGUUAAAGUAUUAGAGGUUGGUAUCAGAGGCUGCUUUGUUCUGUUGUAAAACUUAUUGUAUGUAGAAAAACUUAAACACAGUAACACACAGGUAAAGAUUUACAUUUUAUUACAAAUAUACUUUAUCGGGUGACGCUUUGCGCUUUGCCACACAUUUAAGAUUUUUAAAAUGUUUUUUUUUUCCUUUGUCAGUAUUUUAUUAAAGUUGCUAUCUACCUUGUUUAUUACACAGGUGACAGAUUGGUAUAUGUUGUAUGAAUUGUAAACAGAAUAAUGAAGUUAGAAUCUGUUUUUUUAUUUUCAAGGAAUUCAGCAUUUCGAAUGUUCUUUCCGUGUUGUUGUUACGUCUUUCCUGCUGAGCUUGGAUCAAGGUGUUGCUGAAUACAUUUUUACAAACCUAUCGUGACUGAUCAGUAGUGACGUAUCGAUGGCUUUCACAUUUUUAAAAGCCACCAUGGAAGACGCCUGGAGGUCCUCAGUGAUUUUCUAAAAUUUUGAUUCAACCUUUGCAACAAAAGUGAACACAAAUGAAUCAUUUCUGGGCUGGUUUUGACUGGAAACGCUGCAUUUCUGUCACCAAUACUUAAGAUUUGCAUAAUGUCAGAUCAAAGUGAGCUAACAUGGUAUUUAUUCAGCUAAACAACACUGUCAUAUUGUCAUUAGUUUUUCACACCAGCUUACAUGAUAGCAAAUGUAGAGCCUGCAUACUGUUUUUCUCCCAUGCAAAAUAAGGUCUCACAGUGACAGACAGACUGUGGAGAAACAUUAAGGGAGCAUGAUGCUUCCAUUUUUAUUGACCUGCUUCACUUGUCAAAAUGAACACCAUACAUGAGACACAUGCAUACGUGCGUAAGAGCCCUGACAGACAAAUUUAUCUACAGUUUGCAAGUGACAAACAUUUGUGUAAUAUGAUGCUGUCACUGUUGCAGUUCACCAUGAGCAGUGCUCGCAAAUCGCUUUUGUGAGACGGGCCCCGGUCGGCUAUUUGGGGCCAGAAAAUCCAUAUUUUCUGUGGUGAGCAAGCUGCGUGAUAACCUCAAACACCUACAUGUAUCUAUCAAACCCCCCAAAGACAGCCUGCUUUCAGCCUUAGUAAUUUCAUUAUGUAACAGUGAGUUUGCGUCAACAAAGGCAUAAGAUGUGAAAUUACUUUGGAGACUUCACCUUGAAAAACAGAGAGAAUGUGUUGAGUUGAGUUGAGUUUUCCUGUUACUUUCAAUAUGGUCGGAGUGCUAUUGGAGCCAGCACCUAGUGGCAUAUAGAGGUAUUGCAUCUGACAGCACUACUACGCUAAUUUCUACAUUCAGCUAUAAGAUUGUCACAUGGUGUUCCAGUAUUGUGCUUAACUUCAGACUAAAAGCAACACAGAAAACCUACGAUUGACAUACCGACCAACAUGGCACACUGAUCACUGAAAUAAAAGUUACUAACAUUCAAACUAAAACACUAAAAGUUACAUACGAGACGAGCAUUUCUUUAGUCUCCAUCUAAAUGUAGCACAAAUUUAAACCAAAUGCAAACAAAUGUAUGUUUCUUUCCACAAUGGUUAUGCAAAUGUUUGGAGCUGAGCAUAUUAAAAUAAGCAGUUGGUGGCACUAAUUAAACUACUGCAGACGAAGACAUAAUGGAAGUAUGGAAUUUAUAUUUAUUUUAUCUAUUUAUUUGAUGAAGGUUACAGUCUCCUCAUUACUCCAGUCCACACAGAUCUGUUUUUGUCUUUUGCAAUUUUCUUCCAUGAGAAAAAAAUCACGCCCUUCAUGUACAUCAUUAGUCUGUUUCCAUUACAUUUUCGCACAUUUCAAUUUUAUUUAUACACCAAAUUUCCAUCUCAUCCAAGCGUAAAAACUUAUUUGUGUUUUCUCAAGUGAUUCUUUUUAUCUUUUUUUGUAGUGCACAGAUUUAAAAUGUGCUUUAAAACAGGUGGUUGGAAACAUGUUUUUUGACUGAAACUUUCUCAGCUUCUCCUGUCUGUACUGUAGCUCUAAACAUGAUAUCCUGUCGGUGAGACGAAAUUGCUUUGUGUGGGAGAAAAACAGUGAGCAGGAAUUACAUCUCGUCUUUGAUUUGUUUUUGGAUGUGCAUGCUCUUUAACACAUUGACUAAAAUACAGUAUUUAAAAUGUUUACUUUUUUCAUGGUAUGUUUAGUUAUUACUUUAAACAACUACACUCAAUAUUAAGGAGACUGAUGGUGCCAAAUAUAGUCAGCAGACAGAUCAGGACAGAAUUUGAACACAAUUAAAAAGGUAAUCAUGACAGAUUGGCAGAUUGUAGAAGACAUUGCCAUCAAUUAUAGUCAUGGAAAACAUGUGCAGAGACUCCUUUACCUGAGAUACAUGUGUUGUUUGUCUGGUUCAUAUAUUUGGCACUUAAAGUCUAUAAAAAGGGAAAAAGUUGACCUCCAUGUCCAGUUUCAGUGAUGUCAAUGUCCUCUGAGUUUGACAGGCAAAACUAAACCACACUGAUUAACAUAACUUUUGUUUUUCACAUUGACAGAUAUGUAAAACUGGCACCAAUGAACAUGCAUUCUAUAAAUCAGUUAGUAUUUUAAUGUUUACAUCAAGAGUUUUGUUCCAAAGAGAGGUAAUUAAAAAAGACUCCAGCUCUGCAAAUCAUUUCUGACAAGGAAAAAUUAAUUUAAUCAGUGUUUUGUUCACAAUAGUGCAUCAUUAUGGAAUCAAGCUCCAUCAUAAGCUUUGUUAAAGUACUGCUGUCUGUCUAAUGAUUUAUUUUCUUGGACUAAGAUAAUUCAUUUCUCACUGACUUGGACUGAUGUUUGAUUUAUCUCAGCCAAAGCCACCUCGUCAUUACAAACCUAAUGUAUUGCUUCUUAUCAUUAAGUAUAUGUGCUUUGAGGAUUUGGACAAUGAAUGAACUUCUUUGUUUUUUUAAAUGAUUGAUAACUUCCUGAAAAUGAAUGCAUACCUUUCUGUUGGUGAUAUAUUUAAUUAAUCUUCAUAUCACUGUUCUUUGAUUGUAUAGUUACAGUAGGAGCUGUAGGGAGACCAAACUCAAAACUGAAUUGUGAAGUUAUCAUGGAAAGCCAGUAUAUUAUAGGAGCGAAAAAACUGUUCAGUUUAGCAGGUGUUAAAUGUAUAAAUGUCCUCAAAGACAAUUUGCUGAAAUGCAUCAUGUAAAACGAGCAAAAUAAAUAUGGACACAUGUA